AUGUCAGCACCUUCGGUGGAAAACGAAAUGAAGGUAACACCGUCGAAUGUAGUCACGGUACAUGUGCAAGACGAAGCGAAAGGAGCCCAGUGUGACUUUACCUGUGAUCGUGAGCUUUUGGUGCAAGAAAUGGGAUACUUCAAAGACUAUUUGAUCAAAGAGGGUCAGUUUGUUCAAGAAGUGGAAAUCCUUGUUCACUGUGAUAUCAAAGUGUUCGAUUGGUUAAUGCGCUACGUGAAACGGCGUUCCGAGCCGAAAAACUAUCAAGACUGUUGGUUGUCCGUGUCCAAUGUGUUGGCUCUGCUCAUCUCCUCGGAUUUUCUCAAAAUGGAUGGAUUGUCCCAAAAAUGUUUGGUCUACUUCUGUGAGCAUUUGAAUGCGAUCAUUGCUAGUCCUUGUGCACUUGGUUGUUUGAAUGAAAAUCUCAUUCGACGGUGUGCAGUUUGUGAGCGUAUUCUCANUAUUCUCACUCAGAACACGGCCAUUCAUGCUCCAUGCCUUCCAUGGCGUCGGGUAAUUAGCCGUUCGGGACAGAUAAUACCCGUGCAUCAACCUACCAUGACAUCCCCGGAAUUGGUGACGCAUAUUGGACCAAUUGUCCGACGCUCCUCCUCCUGUCACGGAUCCGGUUAUUUCGAUCCAAUUCAGCAAGAUGAAAUCUACCCGCACAGAUCGAUCACAAAUCCACGAACUCCAUCUAGUAUGUCCACUUCUUUACCAAGUCGUAUACCGUCCACAUCCAACACCAAUAGUACAAUGCAUUCUCCUGCCGGUAUGUUGUGUACUUUUUAA